AUGCCGAAAUCCUGCCGAGAAAGUAGACCGGAGGACCACACAACGCUGACCUUCGAGGGAGCCCCAUCAUUCCCGGCCGCACGGGGCCAGCAUUCACCCGGUGCAGUUCCUACGCGGCCCCAUCCCCUUCCCCAAGGAGGCUGCGGCCGGAAAUUCCUGGCUGGUCUCAACCCACCCUCCCUUUCUCGGACCGCCCAAACCUCCCACCCUACCCGUUCACCUGAGAUGAGCCCCGCACAGCCCCGGGAGCCGACUCUGCGCUCUCGCCCAGUUUCUCAGGCCAGACGCGCAGCCUCCACGUCAGCCAAUCGCAGCUCGCUCGGAGCGUCCCUGCCCCGGGUUCCUCUGCGCGAGGAGGUGCGCGCGCCCGUGAAUGCCCCCGCGGGGCGCGACGGAGGAGGGGGCGCGACGCGCGCGGCGCGCGAGGAUCCACGACGAGCAGAGGCGGAGCAGACGCCGGGCGGGGGCAAGCGGCGCGCACCAGGCAUGCGCAUUUCGCGCCACUGGGGCCGUGGGGCGGGGCGGGGACCCUGGGCAACAGAGCAAGUCCUCACUGGAGUUUGGAGAAGACAGUUUUAG